UUUCCCACACCCAUUCUAAGUUUCCCAUUACCCAGCCACCAAGCCACAUUUUCACAUUCACAAAAUGGAAACCGAGCACAAAAAAAUUUGAGCUCCAAUUGACAAAAUCACGAUUCAUCGAACAACGGCGACGACAACUUAACUUUACACACAUUCGCAGCUCCAAGCCAAAAGACUCCUCCUGCAAUCCGCCAAAACCAAAAGAAAAUACGGUGAAAAAAAGGAAUGUUCUGGGAAUGGACGGAGGGGUGGAAAAAUGUUUGGCAAUUGGAUGUUGGCGGCAACUUUUAGGCCUUUGGGGCGUCUGCGUUGGCUGAUGGAAGGAAGCUGGCCGGGCUACCAAGGAGUUGCAUUGUCAGCUAAGCGAUCUGCAAUAGGACUACACUUAGAACUUCUUUAA